AUAAAUUGUCUUUUGUCAAAAAAAUACGUGAACGUGAAGUUGGUUGAUGUUCGUUUCUUUGGCAUGUUGCCGUAUUUUAUUAUCAUUUAUUAGAUACUUCCGAGUCUAUUACGAUUACUAAGCAUUAGGUCUUCUGUGCGCAGUAAACCUACAGUGAAUUCAUUGUUUUAACACAGUGAUAUGUGCGAUUGAUUGUUUAGAUAAGCCAGAUGGGUAGUGAAUUAAAUUUAUCAACGACCAGAUCCAGGAUUUGCACAAAAAUCAUCAGUCGUUCGUAAUUGUAAUGCCUGGGCUCACACGCAUUUGGAUUCGCACAUCAUUGCCACUCAUUUGUCAUGUAAUUGUUGGCGUUUUAAGCACAAUUAGCUGGACAUGGAUUGGCUUAAUAUUGUCCAUUGUGUGGAAUUGGACCGGUGGCUGGUUCAGCUGGACACGACAAUCGGAUGAAAUGCUGAGGAAUAUAGAGAAAAAAAUAUUAUCAUGUGUGAAAACAGUGUAUAAACGUUUCUAUGUGGACAUUGGAUCAGUUGUGGGUCAGAGUGACAAGAUAUGGACCAUCUGUCUAAACGAGGAUGCACCGCGUACACCACUAGUCUUGCUGCAUGGUAUGGGAGCAGGGCUUGCACUCUGGUGUACUAACUUAGAUGCUCUCGCGGCCCAGCGGCCUGUAUAUGCUAUCGACUUGUUGGGUUUUGGUCGUAGUUCUCGGCCUAAGUUCGCGUCGGACGCCAGCAAGGUGGAGGCGCAGUGGGUGGAGUCUGUGGAGGAGUGGCGGCGCGAGGUGAACAUCGACCAGCUAAUACUGCUGGGGCACAGCCUCGGCGGGUACAUCGCUACUGCGUACGCACUUAAAUACCCUGAAAGGGUUCGUCACCUGAUCCUGGCGGACCCGUGGGGCUUCCCCGAGAAGCCGUCGAACGUGUACGAGAAGUACCAGAUGCCGCUGUGGGUGCGCGCGGUGGCGACGGCGGCGCAGCCCUUCAACCCGCUGUGGGCGGUGCGCGCGGCGGGCCCGGCCGGCCGCUGGCUGGUCGGCAAGACGCGCCCCGACAUCCCGCGCAAGUUCGCCGCGCAUCUGCCGCACGCCGACCAACUCAUACCUGACUAUAUCUACCAAUGUAACUCGCAGACCCCCAGUGGUGAAAGUGCGUUCCACACUCUAAUGACGGGUUUCGGGUGGGCGAAGAACCCGAUGGUGCACCGCGUGGGGGCGCUGUGGGCGCGCCUGCCGGUCACCGUGCUGUACGGCAGCCGCUCCUGGGUCGACAACUCCACCAGCCAGCUGCUCACCCAGCACCGGCCCAACUCCACCACUUAUGUACAGGUAAUAAACGGCGCCGGUCACCACGUGUAUGUAGAUAAACCGGAAUUAUUCAACAAGUAUGUGUUGGAGGCGUGCGCACGUGCUGACAAGUACGACCCGCGAGAGACCGGACCAGAAUCCCCCGGUCCGGACCGGACCGACCAGACAAACCAGUCCACAGACCACAAUAUCUCUUGAUGUUAAAUAUAUUAUAGGAUAUUUGUUAUUGCAGUUCUCAAAGCAUUAUUUGUUGUCUGUCUUCUCAAAGAUAGCAAUAUUAAUGCUGGUGUCGAGUUUUUUGAUGACACUCGCAACAUGUUUACAAAAGUAUAGUAUGCAGUUAAGGGCUGUGAAUUUUUUAUUUGGCAACGGCUGAAUGUUGAAACGAUAUUUAAAUAUGUAGUAUAAAAUUGUAAACGGCAAUUAGGAAUAAAUAUUUGAUUCGUUUCAAUAUACAGCCGUAUGUGCGUAAAAUAAUUGUUUUACUAAGCAUAAAGCAUUUGUGGCUUAAAAUUUUGAUAACGAAUUAAUCUGACUACAAAAAUAUCUCUUCAUUCCCUUUUAAUAUUGAUGUUCUUGUACAAGAAACUGGAUGUUUCAUAGUUUUGUAAAACUACUUAUUUGCACAAUUUGAAAUAAGUAAACAACCAAAUGGUUUUUUUUUUAUUUUUCAGUCUUCCUAUCAAAUAUUUACGGGUGUAGUUUUACUGUAUUUAACAUGUACAGUAUUAACACUAAAUAGUACAUAAUUUUAUAUAUUCAUAAGUUUGUAAAACACGAGAGUUUAAACUUGUUUUUUGAACGCUUUAAGGGUUUUAUUUGUCAACUGAAUGCGUUCUGCGAUAUACAUAGGAAUAAUGUUGGGCUUCAGGCUUUUUUAUAUACAAGUUUAAUGUAAAUAAAAAUUAUUUAUUAAAGU